AUGGAUUUAAAAUGGUUAAAGACGAUGAUAAUAUUGAGUGUUGGACUGUGUUUAGUUUUUACAGUUAUAGGUAAAUAUCUUUCUGUUUUUGUUUAUUUUGUUUGUACUGUCUAUUAUGGAAAAGCUAAGAUUGUCAUAACUUUAAAUGGUAGUUUAACUACAAGAAGAAGAUUACAUGUAAAUGACACCAUGAUGAUUAAUUGUACAGUUCCAUCAAAGAUUACGUUUGUCCACGAUUUUAGUGUUCGGAAAAGAUAUAGUACUAUCAAAAGAUUCGUGAAUUCUUACACUGGAACAAUGACGAAGAAGAUUAGGUGUGAUGAUAAUACAUAUUUUAGAUGUUAUGGUGUUCCCAGAUGGAAUGAAGAUAUACAUCAACCAGUCAUAUUCUUCUCAUCUCAGGCUGCAGAUAAAAAUUAUUACCUUGAGAUACCCGGCGAACCAAGACCAACAUAUUCCGUUCAGAAAUUCACAUCUACAGGAUUACAAGACCUGCCUCUAAAUGUAGAUGUAAAUAGUUUCAAUACCCAUGCCAUAUUGCACUUCCGAAACUAUACAGAAGAUUCACAUGGUGUUUAUCAGAUCGUAGCGAAUAAUUCAUUGGGAACUUUUACUACAAACUUCACACUACGUGGUUUAUUAGUUUCACCGAAAAACCUUAGAGCCCGGAGUACUACUACUACAUCUAUACAAGUUGAAUGGACCACAGGAGAACUAUUUGAGACGGGAAAACACGAAUACAAACAUGUAUUGUAUAAGAAAAAGGAAUAUGGAAGCUGGGAUUCUGACAGAUAUUUUAAUGAUAUCAGGUUAACUGUUAAUUAUACAGUCAAUUUUUUACAACCAAACACAACCUACUACUUCCUAGUACAGGCAAUGUACAGAUACUCUACCAAAAGCUUUUAUUCUAAUUUGGCACAGGCAACCACUUUAAAUAAAACUCAUAACUCGAUCAGAAAAUCAGAAAAUUGGUAUGAGAAUGUCGAUGAGAGUCGUUCCCUUGCUUAUUCAGGUCUUCGUUAUGUUAAUAAUACAUAUGAUGAAUCAUUUUAGAAUGAACUGUAUUGAAAACUAGUCGAAAAUGAUGGUAAGAAUGCCUCGUCCCUAGUUUGACGGAAUAUUGUAGUUUCAUCUGUUGGCUGAUCAAUUACUAUGUACAAUAGGGGAUAGGAUAUAGUCAUUAGUUUCUCUUUCAUAUGGUUUAAAGCAUUUCCAACAUGGAAUUAGGUAAAUUGAAGUUAGGUUUGACAUCUUAGUUUCUCCUGAAUCGGGAACCUUUUCUUCGUUACUUACAAUAAACAAUUUACAAUAAACAAAUGAGUUUCUGAUAUCAAAAUGUUUUUACAUCUUUUAUGUACAAAAUAAUGUAACUAUGUUGUAAAGAAUAUACACGUAUAUAUUGUACAUUGUUUUGAGUACUAUUUUUUGUACAAAAUAAAUAUAUUAAUAAAGG